AUGACACAGCUGCUGCUGCUCAUUGUGGCUCUCCUGGCCCUGAGUCAUCUGCCUCCAGGGAGAAGUGAAUUUAAGCGGUGCUGGAAGGGCCAGGGGGCCUGCCGGACUUACUGUACAAGGCAAGAAACCUACAUGCACAUGUGCCCAGAUGCCUCCCUGUGCUGCCUCCCCUAUGGAUUCAGGCCUCUGGCCUCUAAGCCUUAAUAUGUGGAGCUGGUUCUGGGGCUGGCACCCUUGCUCUCCAAUAAACACCUGCUGCUGGCUGUCUCCUUUGCUGCUUGCUCACCACCAGGCCACCCCGUGCUGGGGGUAUGA